UGACGUCAUUUCGACCGCGUUGGAGCCGCUGCGCCCGCGAGCAGAAGUGUGACGUGGUCGAGAAACAGUAGCGUUCAAACUGCUGCACAAAACACACUUUGAACUGCACAGAGAGACGACAGAAGGAAGAAAACAGAAGAAAGAGUUACUCGGACACAUCUGCUGAUGUGACUGCAGUUUGAGCAGGCGGAUUUUUAACGAACGUUGAUCUGAAGUGCAGAAGCUGCUGUGCUAAAGCGUUAGCGGCGGUUCCUCUUAGUUGAACUCCUCGAAUAAGUUUGACUUUGACACUUUUUUCUUGUUUCUGAGACGUUUUUAACAUGGGUUUGACCAUUUCAAGCGUCUUUUCUCGCUUGUUUGGAAAAAAGCAGAUGAGAAUUCUCAUGGUUGGUCUGGAUGCAGCAGGGAAAACCACAAUCCUCUAUAAACUCAAACUGGGAGAAAUAGUCACAACUAUUCCAACUAUAGGUUUUAACGUCGAGACGGUCGAAUACAAGAACAUUUGCUUUACCGUGUGGGAUGUGGGUGGCCAGGAUAAGAUCAGGCCUCUUUGGAGACACUACUUCCAGAAUACCCAGGGUUUGAUCUUUGUCGUGGACAGUAACGAUCGUGAGCGAGCACAGGAAGCCGCAGAAGAGCUUCAGAAGAUGCUUCAGGAGGAUGAACUGAGAGAUGCCGUUCUGCUGGUUUUCGCAAAUAAACAAGAUUUACCAAACGCGAUGCCCAUCAGCGAGAUGACGGAUAAACUCGCCCUGCAAGCACUCAGGAGCAGAACUUGGUAUGUCCAGGCGACCUGUGCGACUCAAGGGACGGGUUUAUACGAGGGAUUAGACUGGCUUUCCGAGCAGCUCUCCAAACGCUAAACUGCACUUCCUGUUCAAGCAGGAUGUGCUGUUCCAAAGGACAUGAUUAGCGGAGUUAAUGCAGCUGUUCGUGUAUCAUUUAAGUUUGAUUGUUACCAAAAAUCCGCCUGCUGAUGUCAAUCUACAGCAGUGCAUUUUAACAUUUUGUUCCUUUUUUAAUUCGUUGCACCUUUGACCUCAACUGACAUAUUUCCCACAAUCAUUCCACUUGAUGUUUGUAGCCAUAUAGAUCUAACCACAGUAUGAACAAUACUAGAUUUUGUUAUGAAGCUCUUGCCGUAGCUCUGGGUUUUUGUUACAGUAAGCAUCAAGCAUUGUGUUAAUAAUGAUAACUUGUGUGUAUUUAUAAAAAUGCUCUGUUUUUGCUCCCUCAGCUUGAUUUAUUCCAUUAUUUUCAUUCCGCGCACCUCAUGACCAGGCGUUUGCAUGCCAUACAUCCAAGGAAAAGUUCUUAGAGAAGCAUGCAUUUGAUAAAUAAAUGAUUAUUCUUAUAGUAGCACACUUAGAGACUGGCAAUGCAUUAAUGUAAGCAUUAGUUUUAAUGCUUCUAAAAUGCAUGAGUUUAUAUUGGGAACUAUUACGAUGCAUGUGUUGUAAAUAAGCAGAAUUUUUAUCUACGUAAUCACAGUUGCCUUAAACGUGCUGUGCUUUACUAUGUGAAUGCACUUGCCCGAUACGCUUUUGAUUUAGCAUUUCAACUGAGAACAAACCAGUGCAAAUGUUUAAGACAUAUCCAAAUGUUUUUAUUCCCAGCUUUUGAGAUUAUUCAAAUGGAUCGGUGCUAGGAAUCGUCUAGCUGUUACCCUUUUUAAAAUGUAUUAUGAGUAAAGAAUUAAGCAAAUAAAAGUCUGAAAUACA